AAUUUAACUCAGAUGCCUCGAGAGUCGAGAGUGUAGACAGUACCCGGAUCAGUACAGUUGUUGUCCUUUUAUGUGUUAGUAACCAAAUUUAUCAAUAACACCAACACGAGCCACUGAGUCAACACAAAGAAAGGAAAAGAAAAUGGUAGUAACAAUCGAUCGUUCUUACACGAUUACCCCCUCAGAUUCCUCUUCCACUACAAUAAUCCCUUUGUCACACUGUGAUCAAACCAAGCUUCCAAACCAUGGAUCCCAACUUUCUCUCUACACCACUUUUAAUUCCUCUUCUUCAACGGAAAAUUUCAGAGCCUCACUCAGCAAAGCCUUGAAUCUCUACUACCCUUUAGCCGGUAGACUCAGAUGGAUCCAUGGCGGUCGAUUACAACUUCUCUGCAACUCAAAGGGCGUCACACUAUUGGAAGCCACGUGUCACGAUAAUCAUACAACCUUGGACAUGCUUCUCCAAAACCUUGAUAACAAUGUUUUGUUGGAACAGUUUUUGCCCAAGGUUGACUAUAGCGUUGACCGUAUUGACGACAUGCCGUUGAUGGCGGCACAAUUCACGAGGCUUCCGGGCAACGGCGUCGUUUUGGGGAUGAUUAUUUGUCGUGCUGUGGUUGACGGAGCGGCUCUUGGGAAUUUCAUGACUUCAUGGUCAAAAUUGGCGAGAGGUGAAGAUUUGGAUUCGAGUUUGGUUCCGUUUUAUGAUCGAGGGCUGUUGAAUUCGCUUGGUGUGAGUGUGGGUCCAAGAUUUGAACAUGCUGAAUUUCUAACACCGCCACUUUGGGAAGAACAAAAGGAAGAAGAACCACAAGAGAUUGAGCUUGCUACUGUUGUGUUGAAGCUCACCAAAGGCCAAGUUGAGAUGCUUAAGAAGAAAGCUUAUCAUGAUGGUGGUAAAGAUGGCUUUGGCAAUGGUUCAAACUCAUCAAAUACACUUUCUUCAAGUAGGCCUUACACUAGUUUUGAGGUCAUAAGUGGUCACUUAUGGAGGUGUAUUUGCAAGGUGAAGAAUGAGGGUAAUUGGGGCCAGAAAACAAGGGUAUGUGCAUUGGUCAAUUGCAGGAACAGAUUUAAACCAAAUCUUCCUCAAAGUUAUUUUGGGAAUGCAACAUUUCCUACCGUGACACCAACAUGUUGCUUCGAUGAUAUUGUUCACAAGCCUCUAGGCUAUGCCGUUCGGAACGUGAGGAAAGCGAUUGAGCGAAUGAAUGAUGAGUAUGUAAGGUCUGCCAUUGCUUACAUUGCUAAUCAGAAGGACAUGAAUUCAUUGAGGCAGAAGUUGUAUAAUCUUGGAGGAGGAAAAUCCAGGGUGAACCCGAAUAUGUAUAUUGUGAGUUGGGCUAACUUUCCUUUUUAUGAAGCGGAUUUCGGGUGGGGAAAGCCGGUUUGUUUGGUUCCGGGAAGCAUAAAUUCGGAUGGGAAGGUUUUCAUUAUGAACAAUGGAAGUGGUGAUGGCUUCAUUGUUGCUACUUGCUUGCAACAAUCCCUUGUGGAUGAUCUGAAGAAGCUCUUUUAUGAGGAUAUAGAGGAGGUAUAUCCUAACUCCAAAUUGUGAUGACAUUUCAACUAUGGAUUUUCAUGCACUUUAUUCUUAAUUAUGCUUUGGUAUGAGUUCUGAGAGAUGGUUGAUGUUUUUCUUGACUUGGAUUUAAUGUAGCACAUAUUAAGCCAUACAAAUUAAUGAAAUUAUGGAUUUCAAAACAGAAUUUGUUUAUAUUAGAAAUAGAUUUGAAGGCAAAGAUCAACACUUCAUGAGAAAUCUAACUAUAAGUCUUAAAGGUGAUUAGUGCUCACUAAUUAAAGAAACUAUUUGCCUAACUCUCCAAUAUUGGCAAUAUUUUGCCACAAAUACUUUUCACAUUUUUUAUAGUUUCCUUUGACUUGUAUUUAUAGAGUUAAGCCUAUUAAAGAGAUGUUGUAAACUUUUUUUUAUAUUAUUGUGAGCUGAUUCCUUAAAAGGUCUAGGAAAUACAAUUUUUUUUUUCUGGUACAUCUUUAGCAAAUAUGCUAGUCUUUUUUGCAAUGGCAUAGUGGAUAGCGAAAACAAGUUCUCAAUGUCCUAAAUUGUUGUGCAUGCUCACACUUUUGGAGCCAAGGAUAUUUGAAAUGAGUUCCAUUCUAAGAUUAUGGGUCAUAUUGUACCUUGCUUUGGAGGUCCAAGAAUUAAGCUUAAGUUUGCUUUUGAGAUUGGUACAUAACUCAUAUUUGUGUUU